UGCUCUGUUAUAAUAGUAUCAGAUGAUAGUAUCAGGUCAUUUGGUUAGUUCACCUAGUUCACCGUCUUACAGACCAGAGUUAGUUGAUAUACUUAAAAUGAAGGAGUGGAACAUUUGGAAAACCAAUUUUGGUGGCAAAAAGCCAUCAAGUGCACUGCCAUCAAGUAAAGCUUCAAGCUGCUUGGAAGAUGACGAGACCAAACCAGGGAGCUAUGAGGUGCUCAAGAGCGACAUACUGUGCAGCAGCACAAAUCGCUACCUCAUUCAAGAUUUUAUUGGAGAGGGCUCCUUCGGCAAAAUUGCAAAGGCUGUGAAUCUAAGCACAUCACAGGACGUGGCCCUCAAGAUCCUUAAAACUGAGGACACUGCUGACAGAGAGAUCAAAAUGCUUGAUGUGGUGAGGAUCCUGGACCCAGUGAAAAAGAGCAUGGUUCAGUUCUUUGAGAGGUUCGACCACAAAGGACAAACCUGUCUAGUAUUUGAAAAGCUAGACAGGAGUCUUUUCGACUUCUUCGUCGAACGAGAGGGGAGACCACUCUCACUCAAUGAGAUACGGCCAGUAGUGCACCAGUUGCUGACGGCCUUUGACGCUCUGAAGGGCAUUGGUGUUGUCCACUCAGACCUAAAACCAGACAACGUGAUGCUGGUCAAUCACUCAAGUACGCCCUUCAGAGUGAAGUUAAUAGAUUUUGGUGUGUCUUUCAAGACCACAGAAAAGAUGCAGGGGAUGACCAUUCAGCCUGUGGGCUACAGGGCACCAGAGGUCAUCCUGGGCCUCCCCAUCACAGAGGCCAUCGACAUGUGGGGUCUUGGCUGUCUUCUUGGGUUUUUGUACCAUGGCCAAGACCUGUUUGCAGACUGCGAGUACCAGUCAAUGAAAGGCAUCGUGGAAAUGCUCGGCCAACCUGCUGACCACCUCCUUAAUGAUGGGCACUACACCCAGAUUUUCUUCAAGGAGAAUGACUACUGGGACGAGCCAAGAUGGUGGAUGAAGACCCCAUUGGAAUACCAACUUGAAACUGGCAUUGAACCUGAAAAAUGGCAAAGUCCCUUAAGAUGCCUGGAUGACCUUAUAAUACACCGCCCAGAGAUGGAGAAGGCUGAACUAGAGGACCGAAGAGCAUUUGUCAGCCUUCUGAAAUGCCUCCUUCGUUCCGACCCCAACAACAGGAUUACUCCCGGGAAGGCUCUGAAACACCCUUUUGUCGAAAUGGACCACCUGUGGAAAGAACUCGACACCGGCUCAUAUGCCGACGACUCCGCAGAAAAAAUGAUGAUCGUGCCGGAUUACAAUUUGGACAGCAGAGAGAUGGAGGAACUGCAGAAGCCUUCAGUCAAACUACCAUCAAACGAUGACUCAGGCUCAGACAGUCCUCAGUCUUGCAGCAGCCUUCUCUCUAUAAAGAUAGUAUUCGACACACCUGAUGGAGCAGAGCCUGCUGCAGCGAUGGAUGCCAUUGGGUCAGCUGUUAGCCAAGGUGCAGCAUGUCCAGCAGAGACAUCAACCAACGACGUGUCACCUGAUGAGGUUCCACCUGCCAGAGUCAAGAUGAGCCGCAUGAAGAGAAUCCGCAAGUUCUUUGGCAGGACAAUCAGGGCCUUGUUUGGAAAGAGGACACGUGAGUAACCCUCCCACCACACCUCCCACCCCAUCUCCUACCCCCUCCCCCUUACCCCUCUCUCUCACCCCACCCCUCUCUCUCUCAUCCUCACCUCUCUCUCUCGCCGCUACCCCCCCCCUCUCUUAACCCAACCGGUCAAGGCAGAUGGCCGCCCACCUAGAGCCAGGGUCUGCCCAAGGUUUCUUCCCGUUAAAAGGAAGUUUUUCCUUGCCACUGUUGCCAAGUGCUUGCUCAUGGUGGAAUGUUGGGUCUCUACAAUCUCUGAUAAAAGUGCCCUGAAAAAAAUUCUGUUAUGACUAUUUAUAAUUAAAUUGGAUUUGACUUGAAUUGACUGUCCUGUCAUCCCUUAAAUGAGCUACUGAUCGUCCAAAAUAAUCGACUGGUCAAUAAAAUGUUGU